ACUGAUGGAAAGGUAUCACCUUGAUCGAGGCCUCUACAGCAUUCUCAACACACGUUCACGGUCGGACCUGCACCGCAUUAUGGUUACGUCAAUGGACUUUAACAGAGGUGGACAUGCUCGCGUGAUUUUGCAACGUUUGUUAAGUCACGAGGAUGUGUCUCUGCGUGAGCUGAGUACACAGUCUCUGGCCGAAUGGGUCAGACACUCGCCCGAGGACUUUGCUACAUGGGGUAUCUCCAUGCUGUGUGAGCAGGUGGGUGGUGUGUGGAUAAACCCCGGUUUUUGUCUUGCGUAA